AUGGAGCCCCAAACGCCAGUGACAAGGGCCGAGACUCUGGUCCGUGCCCUUGAGCAGUAUGGACAAGGUGACUAUAUCGGGGAAUCGAUCAACCAGCUCGAACACUCUUUACAAGCAGCAAACCAGGCGCGCCAAUCCGGGGCUCGAGACGAGCUGGUCAUGGCGGCGCUUUUGCACGAUAUCGGUCAAAUCAUCCCCUUGGAAUCCACGAAGGAGGUUCGCAUGAACAUUCGCGAGGGCACUGAGAAUGUCGGCCGCGUCGGCCAUGAAGACAUUGGCGCAGCAUAUCUCCAAUCUUUGGGAUUUAGCGAGACGGUUUGUCGGCUGGUCAGGAGCCACGUUGCGGCUAAACGAUACCUCACGGCAGUGGACCGUGCCUACUACGGUUCUUUGUCUUCCGCCUCCCAAAAAUCACUCGCCUUUCAGGGUGGUCCCUUCCAAGGAGGCGAGCUAGAGGAGUUUGCCAAAGAUCCUCUCCGAGACGAGAUGGUCUCUCUGCGACUGUGGGACGAUGCGGCCAAAUUGGAAGGGGUGGAAUCAACCACCCCGCGGGCAGGGGCCUAUCUGGAUAUGAUCACGGCUCAUCUUUCUCGGCCCUGUUGA